UUAUUCAGUAUGUUUUGAGGUGGGUGGGAGACAGGAAGAGGCACCCUGAGGUGAAGAGGAGGAGAAGGCCAGGCUUCUGCUCGAGCGGGAUCCAGAAGAUGGCUGCCUCUUUCAAGGAGAUUCCUGCAGAACUGCAUGAAAGCAUCACCAAUUUAUUAGGGACACAUGACGUCAUCCUGCUGAAUGCUCAACUCCACAUCAAAUCCAAAGUUGAAAAUAUUGUCCUGGUUUUGAUGCCCUGGCGAGCCCUGGUGGUGCGGGCAAAACUCCCGGCCAAGGUACAAGUUAGCUUCAGCUUCUUAGCUGUGCAGAUCAUCAGUAUAGGAGGAGAUAACCGGGUUGUCGUGGAGACAGAUAAAUCUUCUUUUGAAUUUGAGUUCUUGUCAUUGGAUGAUUUGGAGCAUAUGGUCAUCCACGUGGUCACAUCUCUGAAGAAGAUCUUUCCAAUUUCUUCACCUGGAAACCUGCUCCAAAAUGCCUCCCCCAUCUUGCUCAACAGAAUAAAGCGAUAACAGAUUCCUUGGAAGAAUUGCUAAAGGAAAAUCAAGGCCCAUGUGGUAAUCUUUAUAUAUGAAAAUUAUUGGAGGAAAAUAUGUUGGAAGUAAUUGUUGAGCCAAACUAUAGU